AUGGCGCUUCUACAAACUUCGCUCAUAUGGAUCGUGUACGCGGUGGUGGUGGCUGUUUUACUGGCAGUCGCAUCAGUGUUUAUCUAUGUCUACCAAACUCCCCGCGAUCGAUCACCGUCUGUUACACUGACCUGCAUCAUCUCAAUUACCAGUCUCCUGGCAACGGUGCUCCUACUACCGGUUGAUGUCGCGUUAGUAUCAUCAACAACCUCUUCCAAACUGGGCCAGCGCAAGGAUUGGGCAACACAAGAUGUUGUUGAUAAGAUCACCUACUCCUUGACAAUUAUCUAUUACCUUCUUUAUUCUUUGGAUGCCCUCCUUUGCCUGCUGGUCAUUCCCUUUACAUACUUCUGGUAUGAGGAAUACGAUGAGGUUGCGGCGGAGUCGGGUGAACAGACCGUGGGUCAACGGGUCUGGGGUGCCCUCAAAUACACACUGAGCUUUGUUGUGGUUGUGGUUAUCUUGUUCUUGGUCGGUUUCUUUGUCCCACUGUCCCGGGACAAGAAUGACAUGGAUCUGGACUAUUUCAAGCGCCUUUUGACGGAGAACCAUGGCGAGCGCGCGUUGACUUUUGGUCUUGGACUGUUGAUGACUGUUGGACUUUUCCUCUAUGUCCUGUAUACUUCAGUGGGACUAGCACUUCUGCCAAUCAGUCUCAUCAAGACCGCACCGUCAAUUUCCAGUGCUACAUUGCGAGCCAGCAGCGCACAGCAAUUGGAGACCAACCAAGAAAGACAGCGACAGCUCGAGGGCCGGUGUGCCGGGGACCCCGAGCUUCUAUCUUCGAAAGACCGUCGAGAACUCGAUACACUGGUGAGGGAAGAAAGAACGCUCAUCCGGCGCCAGCGUCUAGCCGAGGAGUCUCAAGGCGAAGGGCGGAGCUGGUUGAUGAAGGCAUGGUACAAGAUUGGGGCGGUGUUGCGUCCUUUCAAGCUUCUGGGUGGCAUCCUGCUGCUCUUCCUCGCUUUCGUCACUUGGGUAUCUAUGCUUUUGACGUCAAUCGACAAAGCCAAGAACUCGAUCUGCAAGCAUCGCUGUGGAUACAUCCUCGCCCAUGUCAACAUCUUCAAUCCCAUCAACUGGGCGCUUGUCAAAUCAGCAAAGGUCUUCCCUAUCGACUAUGCUAUUUUCACACUGCUCGUCCUGUUAUUCUUCUGCAGCUCUGUUGUCGGGAUUGCAGUGGUCGGAAUCCGUUUCCUGUGGAUAAAGAUCUUCCAGAUUCGGAACGGUCACACAUCCCCCCAGGCUUUGCUCCUAGCCACUGCCAUGUUGAUGCUGAUCAUUCUGGCACUGAACUAUUCCAUUUCAAUGGUAGUUGCGCCCCAGUAUGCCACAUUCGGUCCACAAACGUUCUGUGAUCGAGCUCCCGGGACUUUCAUUGGAAAGCCGGAUUGCUCGAAUAGCCCAGAACUCAUCAAGCCGUGCUCCGAGGUGGCCAAGAACCCAAGCGCACAGCAAGUCUGCACACCUAGUGUCGUCAGCACUUUCUUGAAUCGGGUCACUCUGAACUAUCCAUUCUUUGGUGCUGUGUUCUUCUGGGCCCAGUUCUUUUUCCUAGGAUUGUAUUUGAUUGUGUUUGUCACUUCUCUGCUCCGUUCACCGAAACUGGACGAGGCGCAGCUCGACGAAGAUGCCGAGGAGGCCGAAGAAGAAGGCUUGCUGGCCAAUACGGGCAGACGCUUCAAUGCUAGCUGGCAAGAUAUAACAGGACGAUCAGGCCGCAAUGAGCGCUCCCAAGGAUGA